CGUCUUUGAAGUCAGCCAAGUCCAACCAAGUCAGGAUGAGUAAGUUGAUGCAAGUGCUAGUGGUUGGUGGGAUCAUAAGGUUUGUUUUACCCACUUUGAUACCGCAACUACCAUUUAAAUUAGCAUCCACCAUCGAGGUAUCGACCUUAAUCAACUCUUUUAAAUCGUUACAAGAGGCCUUCUUCUACUUACAAAACAAUAUCGACUUAUACGAUGGAGGUGUCAACCACCAUGCUCCGUUUUUGGUGAUCUUGCUUAAUAUGGUUGAUGAACAUUUACCCAAGACAAUGAGUUUAAUUGUAUUUAAUUUGAUCUACACCGUGAUUGAUAUUGGUAUAACCAUGAAAUUGAUCCAGUUAAAUAGAUGGUAUAAUGAGUAUAAUAGCAAGAGAUUGGGCGUGAAAGUGGUUGGAUUCAAUGACGAUUUGAUUGCAAGCUUCUACUUGUUCAACCCAUUGAUCAUCUUGACUAAUUUGUCCCAUUCAACUUUGAUUUUCCUGCUGUUUUUAAUAAUCGAAAGUUUGGUUCAAUUAUUAGUGGAAGAAAACUUGGCGAGAUCGAUUAUUUCGUUAGCAGUGGCUAGCUACUUAUCAUUUUCGCCAAUUUACCUUCUUAUUCCAUUAAUUGCAUUAGCACAAACUCAAUCAUCAAAAAAUGUUUUCUAUAGAAGUAUUGCUAUUUUCAUAUUGAGUAUUGGUGUUUUAUUAGGGAGUUCAAUCUUGAUAACUGGGAAUACUAAAUUCAUUAGUCAAUGCUACCUAAGUGUUAUGAGUUUUAAUAAGAUAUCACCAAAUUUAGGAUUAUGGUGGUAUUUAUUCACUGAAAUGUUUGAGUUUUUCACUCCAUUUUACAUUGGUAUUUUCAAUAUCUACUCUUUCAUUUACAUCAUUCCGAUCACCCUAAGAUUGUACCAGCAUCCCCACGAAAAACCAAUUGGUGAUUCCUUUUUAGCUUUUGUCCUUUCAUGGAUUUGGAUCUGCUUCACUAAAUCAUACCCUACAAUUGGUGACUUGGGGUUCAUUUUAUCUUUAUUACCAAUCUUCAAGUCUACGGUGAUCCCCCACUGUAAAUUCAUGUUGGUUACUGGCUUAACCCUAUUGGUUUGCUUAUUAUUGUCUCCAAUUUUUUACUACUGUUGGAUUGUUUUGGGUAAUGGUAAUAGUAAUUUCUUCUACAGUAUCAAUUUGAUCUGGGGGGUCGUCCAUGUCUUGCUAAUGAUGGAUCUCCUUUGGGCCCGUUUAAGCUAUGACUACAUCCAGGUCAACCAAAUCCCCGAACUGGAGAGCAAAAAGCUAAGAUUAACCCAAAUUUAAUAGGUUUAUAUAGUAUUCAAUACACCAUUUUCUAGACCGGU